UUGCCUGACGAUGAACCGGAAGCACAGAUAACAAUACCGCUAGGAAAGAAAAAGCCAGAAGCAGCUGAUCAAGAAGAACUUCCUGCCGAUGAAAUCAGUAAACCAACUCCUAAAGAUCCUAAACAAGUGUUCAAGAAACCGCAGCCAAGCAAGACGCCAGAUGAACCAACAUCGAUGAAAAAACCAGCUACUGAGCCGGACAAGAAGAACAUUCCGAAAGUGAAAUUGCCUGACGAUGAACCAGAAGCACAGAUAACAAUACCACUAGGAAAGAAAAAGCCACAAGCAGCUGAGGAAGAAGAACUUCCUGCCGAUGAAAUCAGUAAACCAACUCUUAAAGACCCUAAACAAGCCUUCAAAAAACCUCAGCCAAUCAGGGCGUCAGGUGAACCAACACCGAAAAAAAGACCUGUUAGUGGGCCAGACAAGGAGAAUAUUCCGAAGGUUAAAUUGCGUGGCGAUGAGCCAGAAACCAUUCCAUUAAAGAAGAAGAAGCCGAAAAGAAAACCGGGAAAAAGUAAAUCUCCUGAUAAUAAUCAAGAGAAGGGUAUUCCUUUGAAGAAACGCUGGGUUCCUCCUGUUAAAAUUCUGGAGCCGCCAAUACCUAUGCCGCCAAAUGAAAAAACUUUAGCAGAAAUGAACAAGGAAGAGCGUAUUCCCCCGGUUCAACGUUAUUCGAAGAAACCGAAGUCCGUAGAUGUAUUUAUCCCUUUCGUCAUUCCAUGGGAACAAUGGCCAGCAAUCAUGACCCAGGAGGGUAUGGGUGCCUUUGGAAAGCCAAGAGAUGCUGCAAUAAAGGUGGACCCAGGCAGCAAAGAACUCAAACAGGGAGAUCUGAAAUCAGAAACUGUCAUACCGCUUUUAAAUGAUAAUCGUGGACAAGCUAAUCGAUCUGGUAUGUUACCAUUUGGUUCGAGAAGGCUCAAUCUCGGCGUUAUUGUCGACAAUCACAAGUAUUUCAUGCAAGAUGUCAGCAAUAAACGUUUUCUAUGUCAAAAGGGUAGUUCCGAAGGUAUCAUCCCCCUUUUGGGAAGGGGUGCAAUAGACCAUGGGCAUUUAAAAGCUGGAGACUUACGACCACAGGUAAUCGCGCAAUUUCAUCGAUCCACGACGAAUCACCUUCACGAUAGUUUCAUACAGGUGGUGAACGUAGAAUACACUGACAAAAUGGAUCCAGGAAUGGAUAAAUCAUCACAUGCGUUCAUAUCUCGGUAUUUCGCAUCCAACUCGAAGGAGAAGGUUGGGACGAACAUUAUAGACCGAAGACGAGGAGAAGUUGCGCCGUGUGGUCCACAAGCUCGUGAUAGUGAGCAAAUGAUUCCGUUGAUGUUUGAUGGUAGAUCCGUGGAACAGAAGGAAGGGUCGGAGUUCGGAUCCUUCAGACCACUGAUCACGACUGCGACUGGUGGUUAUAUAAUGACAUAUGACGAUGAAUUACGAUGCAAAAAUGCAAUACCCUUUCAGGUGAGCGCCAAUGCUUGA